AAUAUUCAUAGUGAGCGCAGUAGAAAAGCAAAGUCACCAACGGCAAAUAGAGGGAGCAACACGAGAAACAAACAAAAAGUUAAAAAGGCAUGGCUUCGGAAAAUAAACAGGGUCGGAGCCCCGAACUGAGAAAAGACUGGGUGACGAACCGGUGGGUGAUAUUCUCACCAGCCAGAGCUAAGAGACCCUCCGAUUUCAAAUACAAAUCCCCCGCAACCACCACCGCCGACCAAAUCCAAGAUGGCUGCCCCUUCUGCCUCGGCCACGAGCACCUCUGCGCUCCCGAGAUCUUCCGGGUCCCCACCAGCUCCGACCCGGACUGGAAGAUCCGAGUCAUCCAGAAUCUCUACCCUGCUCUAGACCGCACUCUCAAUGACCCCAUCGCUGUUGCCCCUAAUCCAAAUUUGAAUGGCGUUGAGGUUUUGCGAGGGUUCGGGUUUCACGAUGUGGUAAUUGAAACUCCGUUCCACUCGCUUCAACUCUCGGAUUUGUCGUCUCAAGAAAUCUCUGAGGUUCUUCUCGCCUAUAAAAACCGCAUCCUCCAGCUUGCAGCCCAUUCCUCCAUCCACUAUGUCCAGGUGUUUAAAAACCAUGGUGCUUCAGCUGGGGCGUCUCUGAGUCACUCUCACAGUCAAAUAAUAGGACUUCCAAUUGUUCCUCCAAAUGUCUCUGCCCGAGUUGAUAGUAUGAAGCAGUAUUUUAACGAGACGGGGAAAUGUAGUGUUUGUGAGAUACAAGUGAAGGAGCUGUUGAUUGAUGAAUCCACCCAUUUUAUAUCCAUUGUUCCUCUUGCUGCUACAUUUCCUUUUGAGAUAUGGAUUAUUCCUCGGGAUCACUCUUCCCAUUUUCAUCAACUAGAUGAACCCGAGGCAGUUGAUCUUGGUGGUUUAUUGAAACUCAUGCUUAGGAAGAUGGCAUCACAAUUGAACAAUCCACCAUUCAAUUUUAUGAUUCACACUUCACCACUUCGAGUUACCGAUCCACAGUUACCUUACAUUCAUUGGUUUUUACAGAUAAUUCCUCAAUUAACCGUUGUAGCGGGAUUUGAGAUGGCAACUGGCUGUUAUAUAAAUCCUGUAUUCCCAGAGGAUGCUGCUAAAGUUCUGAGGGAAGUACCCAAUCCAGAAUAGGGUAGUAAUACAAUGAUAAUAACCAGUUAUAAAUACUAGUAUAAUGGGAGAAAACUUUUAUUCUCUCCGAGGUUGAUUUUGUAUCUAAUGGCAGGGAUUUUCUUUUCUACCAUGUAAACUUGGAUCAUAUGUGUUAAGGCGAGGACAAGGUACAGUUUUAAGAUUUCCAGGCAAAAUUCCCCUA